AUGCUCGAAAAAGAUGUGCUACUAGAAAUAAGUUUGGCGGAUCGACUAAUUAAAAAUAUAACAAUUAAUUAUGAAGGUGUAAACAUUGGAUAUUCAGAUAUUUGUGGACGUGUAGGCGAAAAGUGUUUUGAAAAUCCGAUUAUCGAAAUAUUGCCCGAUAUUGAUAAUAUAGUGCAGAGAAAAAAGAAAUUAAAGUAUCCGAUCGACAUAGAUCCACUGACAUACUCUUAUCAAAUUAAUUCUCUCAACUUUGGGGGUGUAAUCGAAGAUGAGAACGAUGUGAUUCAAACAGUAAAUGCUAUCAGAUUAACGUAUUUCACAGACGAGAGCGACGAGAAAAAACAAAAUGUCAUAGAAAGAUGGCGAACAGAAGUUUAUAAUCGAAUAAGAAUUUAUCAAUUUAAACAUGUUCUGUGUUUUAUUGAUUACACCUGGUCAAUAGAAGAGCGAAAUGUGCAAUUAAAGAAUAAUAUAAAACCGAUGAUAGCGGCACUGGUUGCAUUUAUUUCUGUUUUUACUGCUGUUACGUGUAUGAGCAACAAUUGGGCAAAAAGCAAGCCUCUUCUAGGUGUUGCAAGUGUCGUAUCGGCUGGUCUGGCCGUAAUCACAUCUUUCGGAUUCAUGUCGGUUGUCGGUGUACAGAAUAGUAUUUGGAACAUCACCAUUCCAUUUUUAGUUCUCGUGACAGAGAUCGACGAUGCCUUCGUAUUGUUAGCGUGUUGGAGAAUAUCAAACCCCAAGCAUAAAGUACACAAACGUAUGGAAGAAACAUUUGGUGAAGCAGGAAUUUCUAUAACGUUAACAUCAUUGACGAACCUAUUUUCCUAUUGCAUUGGAAUGAUGUCACCUUUCCCUCUUAUAAGAAUGUUUUGUUAUUAUUCUGCAACCAGCAUAGUGUUUACGUUUUUGUAUCAGAUAACGUUUUUUGCAGGGUGCAUGGCAUUAUCAGGACGCAGUGAAGAGAAACAACGACAAAAAGCACUUCGUGUUAUUUUCG